GCGAUAGAUUCCAAUGAGAAUACCCUUUUGGAAUUUUAUUUGGACGAUGAGGAGGAGGCAUCUGCAUUAUUCGGAAACGACAAUUCGAAACCGAUACAAAAAGAAAAAGGUGAUCCAAAACCGCCGAAAAUCAACGCAGACAAAAUGAUUUACUAUUUUGGGUUCAAUUUCAAUUCGCGUCGUUUACGUGAUGUGAAAUUUAAUAUUGAUAUCGUUGGUAUUGCAGCGUGA